AUGAAUGGCUUGGUAGACCCACUAUUCAAUGUGUUUUAUGCCAAGAAGUCGACAAAGGAGCUGUGGGAUGCUUUGGAGAAGAAGUACAAGAUCGAAGAUGCUAGGGCAAACAAAUUUGUCGUUGGCCGGUUUUUGGACUUCAAAAUGGUGGACUCAAAAACCAACAUUAGUCGAGUCCAAGAUUUUCAAGUAAUUCUGCACGAGAUUCAUGCAGAGGGAAUGUUUCUGAGUGAAUCAUCCCGGGCAAUUACUUUGAUUGAGAAGCUGUCUAAUAGUUGGAAAGACUUCAAGAACUACUUGAAGCACAAGCGAAAUGAGAUAACAGUUGAAGAGCUUGUUGUCAGGCUUCGUAUUAAGGAAGACAACAAGAAGAAAGUGAGGAGUACCUCCACUGUGAAAGCAAAUGUGGUUAAGUAUGGCCAGUCAUCGGGGGUGAAGAAGAAGUCACCGAUAGGAAAAAGCUCAGAGUUAGGGGCUAUAGGUGGAGUCUUUAAGAGGUCAGUCUACAAGCCGCAGGAACCUAUUUUUAAGUUUAAUGGAAGGUGCUUCAACUGUGGAAGUGAUGGACAUCGGGCGGUUGAUUGCCACAAGAAGAAGAAACCCUACAAAAAGAACCCUCCACAAAACAAAAGCCCUGCUCACAUAGCUGAAAUGGAGGAUCUAUCACAAGAUGUGGACGACAUGUAUCUGCAUGGUGGGUGGACACUCAGGCCAUUCGCUACAUCUGUUCUGAAAAGAAGAUGUUUACAACUUUCGAAUCGGUUUCAAACGGUGAGAAGUUGUUCAUGGGGAAUUCUGCCACCUCAACUGUUGAGGAUGAAGGCAAGAAGCAAAUAUGAGACAAUUGAUAAAUUUGUUCUUUUUAAGAAUGAAGUUGAGAAUCAACUAAGCUGUAAGAUCAAGGCUUUAAGAAGUGAUUGUAGUGGUGAGUAUGAAUCCCUGUUUAUUGAGCUUUGUGCUCAAUUUGGGAUUAUGCAUCAAACUACAUCGCCUUAUUCUCCUCAGUCAAAUAGUGUUGCUUAG